AUUGCACGAACAUUCGCCUAAUUCGAUCGUUUUAAUUCAAUUGUGGCACCGCCUUUAAUGCCACUGGCCGAGGGGGAUCCAUUAAACGAUUGGCGAUAAACAUAAUAUAACGUUCCUCGUUUGACUGUCACGUGCUUUAAACUUUAAACGGAUACGCUUAUCAGAGCUAAUAAUUCAAACUUCGUUUAUUUAGAACGCUUUAACAAAUAAAAAAUAUAUCUAUAUAUAUCUUUAGCAAUCCUUCGCGCAAUAAAUUUCAUAAUAAUUUAUGAAAACGGUUUCAUGAAAUGUCAAUAUAAUUAGCACAGGUAUAUCUGGAGACAUUGUCCACACAAGUAGAGUUUUAAAUUGAAAUAUAAGUAACAGUCAUAAUUCUAAUAUAUAAGACAAAAAGAGAAAGAAUCGGUCGAAGAAGAAAGAAAAAUUAUUAUAAACUUAUAUAAUAAGCUCAAAACAAUUAAUCCAUUAUUGGCAAUUUCGUUCCUUACUGAAAUGCGUUAUUAUAUAAAAAGUCGACAAAUUUGACAAACUUUUCGUUGUGCGAUUCUCCAAUUUUCUUAUGAUAUAGAUAUAUCUUCAUGAAACGAUUGGUAACGGUUUUCGCGUUGAACAAGAUGCUCGUUCUUCAAACAAUAACGUACGUUGAAAAUGAUAUCGUAUUUGAAUAAGAUUAGUCGAUAUUCUAACCGAUAAACUUACACACUGUCCUUUUUAUCGACUUGAGCUGUUUAGCUACGCAUCUAUGGGAGGGAGCCGGUUUUCCAUGGUAAAAUACUCCAUCGGAUAAGAAUGUUGGCGAAACCUCAGUUAUGUAAUAAUCGAGAGGUGCUGGCUCUGGAAACUAGAUCACCCCGCCAUAAGAUGAUUAUAUCAUAAUUAUGCGGGGACUGUAGAACAUAAUAAGUCAAACUUUUUAAAAGGGAACAUGUUACCAUAAUUGAAUUUUUAUCUAAUUUUCUACUUUAUAUCAAAAUUUCCCUCUUUAGCAAUAAAGUGAUAUUAAAAUUAAAAAAUCAAUAAAAAUGUACUUAUUAUGUUUUUCUCCUGUAACUAUCAUAUGGAGGACUGAUUGAGAAUAAUGGUAGUGUAAAUUAUUCCACUACAAGUUUACAUGAAAUAGUGUUCUGAUAUUUUAAUAUACAAAAUUCGUUAUAUUUUUGCAAUAAGAGAAUGAAAUAUUUUUAAAUAUUAAUUGAAAUAACAAAUUAAAAUAUUAAUAGCAAAAGAAAUGAUACUUUAAAAAGUCAAAAUAUUUGAUUAAAUUUAAACUCUCGAAAUCUCAAAUUAUAUACAUUAUUAUAAUUUUCAGUUCGCCAUAUGCAGACACUAAUUAAAUAGUUCCUUAUUCAUACCAUGAACAUUUCCAAAUUCGAAAAAAGAAUAAAGAAGAAUUAAACUCCUACUUGAAAUUUACUUGUGAAAUUACAGAGUUUGCGAAUCAGUCAAACUUAUCGAAUCGAUGAUUCACUGAGGUUCCAUGGGAACUGUGGUUCGUCUGUCUGCAAGUGAAGAUAACCACGACCAUUUCAUCAAGAUGACAGCGUCGCUGAUCGGUUCCGACGUGACUCUCGGAACUUCAUCAAGGGAAUGCGGUUCCGCUUCUCGGUUUCAUGCCGAUCAUCUUGGCGCCAAAUCGCGUCUCGAUCGAAAGUACCAAUGAGUUAUGAGCAAGAAAUCGAAACCAGUUCCUCAAGAUUAUCGUGAUGUCUAUGAAUCGACCUACGGACCGUGGUCAUCGUGCGAAGAAAAAAAUUUCAAAGGAGAGUAGCAAAAACAAAUCGGAAGCGGUAGUAGUACCAGAGUUCGGAAGUCGCGAUGCUGUUUCUUCAGACUGCAAAGAACAAUAUCUCUUCUUAUUAGAAUUCUUCAUACAUCACGUUACCAGCGAACGUUUAGCGAAGCUCAACCAAAUGUUCUUCGUCCCCACGACGAUAUCUGUGGAGUUCCUCAACUUCACAGGGAGGAACGGUAUCGAAAUAACUCCGGUGGACCCGUUAUUUCAACCUCAAGCAGGAGUUGCAGACGAUAUCGAGUAUUUCUUCUGUGGUCGCUCCGUGAUGUUCGCCAUAGAUCAAUACACUGUGGUCAACAAAGACUUGGACCUAAUCAUCAAACUAUGUGUAGAAAAAAAAAUGCCAGAAUGUGUGAAACCAGAUGUGUUAAUAGGUAACGGGGAGCUAGAUAUUUCCAAACAUUUCGCCGCCCUACGAAAAGAAAUGUUGCAAUGCUGGCACAAAAUGGCACCACCACCGAAAGUCUUCGAGGGAGAAGUUCCUGUAAUUUAUAACGAAAACACGAUCGGCGAUAUAUGCAUGUUCGUCAGAAUUUCUGCAUUCGGGCAAACUAUCGUCACCGAAUUUGACGCACCACCUGAUAGAACUAUCUCGUCUUAUAUCUUCAAAGGCGGCGACUGUAACGAAAAAUCACCAACUUACAAAUGUCGUAUCGUUGAUCCUCACGUUGCGGACGUCUGUAGGGAGUCGAAAGACGAAUUAUUGAAAGACGGGCCUCCUUGUCGCGUUUGUAUCAAGGAACAACAUCCUUGUACACCGUGUGGACAGCCAAUCGGGGCCACGUUGAAACCAAACGUUAGUUGCAAACAGAUCAGCGAAGUAACUCAUGUGACGACGUCGAAACCGAAUAUUUGUUCCGAUGUGCACAAGCAGGCCGGUUUGAUACAAUCGAGCCGUGGACCGGUGCAACCGUGUGGAAAAGCUGUGGUUCUGAAAGUGUCCGGGAUUCUGGACACGGGUCAGGACAAAAAGCCGACAGUCACAGUGGCACCUGAGUCCGAAGCUACACCAGAUACCGAUCCUGACCAUGACGUGUUCGUCCUCAGAAUUGGGAAAAAAGGGAUUGUCGGAGCUGGAGAAAAGUCGGAUAUACAGUUGGAAAUGAAAACACCGAAAGGGCCCGAAAAGGGACCUCCUAUCCGAUGCGAGACCAGAGAGAUGCAGACUGACGAUAAGGUGUACAAAAAGACACAUGCAAAGAAAAAGAAAAAGAAAUGAA